AUGAAGGAAAAGAUGCCAGAGUACAAGUACAUCAACAUUGACUCAGGAUGGUGUAACGAAUGUGACGAAUUUGGUCGUUGGACAAUUCGUAAAGAUGUCUUCCCUAACGGUCUCAAGCCUAUCUCAGACCACCUGAAGAAGAACGGCCAUCGUCUCGGUAUCUACAUUUUGCCUGGUAUUCGUAGGGACAGUGUGGAAAAGAAAUGCCUCAUCAAAGGCACCAACCGCACCGUAGACGAACUCGUUCCUUCUCGUAAAGAAGGUUGUGGUUUUAAGGGCACCACCUAUAUGCCAGACGAGCAUAACGAUUUAGUACAAAAAUACUACGAUUCCAUUGCUGAAUUAUUCCACGAAUGGGGUAUCGGUUUUGUUAAAUUGGAUGCUGUGGGCCCUGGUGGCGGUAGCGAAUAUUAUCCUUAUACUGGUCCCGAUAACCGUGCUUGUACUCAAAUGCUGUACAAUGCUUUGAAGAAAUACGAUAUUUGGCUGGAGAUUUCAUGGCAGAUCGAUUCCUCUUACGCUGAUGAAUGGGCACAUAUCUCGAAUGGUGCACGUAUCUACACCGACAUUGAAUCCUAUUCCACAAAGACAAUGACAUCGACCCACCGUGUCAUGCAACGUAUCACACCGUGCGAGAAGUGGGUCAAUACCUGUGUCGUCGGUAGUGAUUAUGGCUUUUAUGUUGAUUUGGAUGUUGUCUUGGUCGGUAUGACUGUCAAUGAUAAAUGUGUGGAUGGUUUGGAUAACGAUGAUGUUCGUCAAACCUACAUCAGUUUUUGGGCUAUGGUCUCUUCCGUUUUCUGUACUGGUGCAGAUCCUCGUAAGAUACCUGACAAAUAUCUGGCCAUGUACAACCAUAAGGAAAUCCUGGAGAUUCAUCAAAGUGGUGUCAUGGCACGUCCCAUCGGUUCCGGCAAUGUCUGGCAAAAUAGAAAGCAAAUCUGGUGGAAAAAGCUGAAGGAUGGUCGAAUCUAUGCUUGUUUGAUAAACGCUCAUACUUAUUUCUUCAUGCUUGGUUUAAGUCAUGAAAUCACUCUUAAUUUUGCUGACAUUGGCUUGCAGAAAGCCAAUUUGAAGGACGUUUGGACAGGCGAAGAACUUGGCGUUUAUGACCAGAAAUACAGCAUUGUUUUACGUCCUGCUCAAUGUCAAGUUUUACUCAUCACACCUGCAUAA